AGUAGAGGAAGGAAAUUUAAUGGGAGGAAGGAUAUGACUAGUAAUACAGUUUUUAAGGAACAGUUGGGGAAGAUAAAGCCUACUUCGGUCAAUUUAGCGAAGCUUUAUGUGAGGAAGAUGCCUAAGAACAAAGUGGCUAUGAAGAAUUACGAAAAGGUUCAGUAUGUCGAUGAGAAUACUAAGAGAGUCAACCAGCAGAUUAGUGGAUCCUUGAGACAAAUAGACAAAAUGAUUAAAUACAUGGGAAAUGGAGCUAAAUUGGCUACUUCCAAGGUGGACUGAUUUAGAAAAUUUGGAAAAGGUAAAAAGGAAGUCAAGAAAGUUAAAAUGCGCACUAAUAAGAACAAACUUGCGCCAAAAAGUCAUCGAACAUUGUUGAAGAGGACUGAGGUUGAUGGGAAUAGGAUCCCUUCAUCUCCUGAACCGAGUGAGGAUAGCUUUUGAGAUACGCGAAGGAUGAAAGAAGUUAGAACAACCAAAGAAGGAUUUGCCACUGAUAAAUCAAUUGUAGAAUUAGGUUCAGUUAAGAAGAUUCAUCAUGAAAAUGAUGAUUCAGAAUUAAAUAAUUCGAUGACAGGAUUUUUCAAAGUUCUUGGAGACAAUAGCUCAAUAAAUAGACAAGAAAUUCUGAAUAAUGAGACGUAUGAUAUGAAUCCUAGAUGUUUAAGAAGCAUCCUAUAUCGGCCUCCUCGGACUCGAAAACUCAAAAAUAACGACUCUAAAUCUUACCCUCACAGAUAUGAAGCAUAUAAGAACAAAAGAGAAGAAGAUGAGGAAAUGAGAAUUAAGAAAAUAAAACAUAAAAUAGAAUCCAAAUCUCAAUCAGCUUCAGUCUUAAUCUCAAAGUCUCGAACAAUAAGUCACUUACGGAAAAGGAGUAAUGCUGAUGAGAAGUUAACUCAGCUUUGGAAAGAGAAAGAAAAGCUUGCUGCUCGCACUCGUUACGUUCGGAACUACAAGCCUAAUUUCAAUUACACACAAUUGCUGUAUAAAUCUCCAAUCCAUCCAAUCUUUAAAGCUGAGCCACCCAAGCAGGACAUACUACAACUUAGACCAGAGCCAUUCGAAGAUAAGCUUAAUGACUAUAUAAACGACUGCAAAUAAUUUUGAACUUGAUCAACAAAUGCUUAAGUAUCAAAACAAGUCAUAUAAUGUUAGGAAGCAAACGAGGAACAGCAUUAUAAACAUUAGCACUAAAAUGACUAAUAGCACCCCUAAGGUGAAAAUAGUCCCUAAAACUCAAAGAUUACAAGUCAAACGAAUGGUCAUUAAAAGACCAGCAAUUCCUAAAAACAUUGGCAAAAAAUCUACAAAGGGUUCUAAGCGUUGUAAGAAGCCAAAAUUAGUCCCUUCUGAUGAGAUUUUUAUUCAUACAGAUAAGUCAAUGCCGACUUCUCUGACUGCAUCUACCAAUUGACUCUAUUAGCAAAACAAGGAUGAGCGAU